UUGCAUGCUCUCUCCAAUUCUUUAUCCAUCCCGUCAUGGGUAGGAUAAAUCUAGCUAAGACGGUGAUGCGCGGCCUUGCCUGCUCCAGUUACUAUUUGGGGGAACGCCAGUCGAUAAUCUAGAAUAGAGCUGUACUUAGAUAAGGAUGGGCUACCGAUGAUAUAGGAUUCAGCGGAUGCGUUAGUGGGGAAUCAGGUCAGGAGUUGUUUCUAAGGAAAGAUAGGUUGCUCAGCUCCAACACUGGCGUCUGGGCGUAUUUGUUUGGCAGGCCUUUGAUGACAUCAGCUGCUGUAGAUUGUGGUGCUAAGAUGGUAUUCGCGUCAAGCGAUUUAUCUGUCACGACUAGCUUGGCACCCAAAUCCUGCUUGCAUAGGAAGAGGACGGCCGUUCCUUCCCCUCCUUUCUCGUCGCUACAGUACAGACAGGCGAAAGGGUGGGCGACGCCGAUUCCGGCGGCUCCCUUCUUCCUCCGGUGUCCUCUUAGGCGCUGGAGGAGAAGGGGAGCUCGGAAUCGAUACUAGCUUAGGUUGUAUAGACCUUAGUGUAGUCUAGGUUUCCCCUUGAAGACAGCUUCGUGUGGGAUAUUUUGGUUUUUGUCGGCGGCGGCAGUCUACCGGCAGCCGGCGAUGACGCCUGUUCUCCGACGCAGCUGUGGUUACCCCAAUAAGGCUGCGUGGUGGAGGUUUGUGUUCUAUCUUCUAGCAGUUGUGAUGGGGAUAGAUCUUGGGUGCUCCCCCGGGGGCUUUGGUUUCCGCGCUAGUGAUUUCAUCACUGGCGGCGGGUUGGCUGCUGGGCUACUGCUUCGUCGUCGAAGUGUUGGUGCCAGCUUCGUCUCCGACGAGCCUGCCGUGGUGCGCCUGCAGUUUGCGCCUCUUCUUCCUCUGUUGGCCAGACUGCUGAUUUCCGUUCAACGCUUUACAUCCAUCUUGGUUGGUCCGAGGUGGUGGCUCUUGCAGCUUAACCAAGGUUUGGAGUCUGCUAUUGGAGGAUCUGGAGGUGCGGGUGUCGGUGGCGGAGAUCGACCGGGCCAUGAAAGGAAGAAGAUGUAUAGGAGUCCUAGGGACUUCCUUGUUGGGUUUGAGAUGAUUGAUGCUAUCGCAGAAGCUGAAGGAAUUUCAGUCAGCAAUAAGCAAUUUAAGGCGAUUGUCGGGAAAGGCCUCAUUGGUGAUGUCCCUGUAAUGCUUGCCAAACCACAGCCUUUUAUGAAUGCAAGUGGUGAGCCUGUUGGACAGCUAGUUUCAUAUUUCAAGAUACCACUCAAUCAAUUAGUUGUGAUAUAUGAUGAUCUUGAUCUACCCUUUGCGGAAUUGCGUCUGCUGCCAAAAGGGGGACAUGGUGGGCAUAAUGGGAUGAGGAGUAUUAUCGACCAUUUGAAACAGAGCCGCAAUUUUCCACGCCUAAGGAUUGGCAUUGGACGGCCACCUGAGGAGAUGGGUGCUAUCAGUUUUGUUCUGCAGUCAUUCAGCAAGCAAGAAAAGAAAGAGCUUGAGGUGACGUUCCAAAGAGGCCUGCAGGCAGUAAGGAUCAUGGUCCGGGAAGGAUUCAACAAGAGCGCAACAUUUGUGAACACUCCACAGCCAUUAGAAACGUUGAAUAGAUGAAAAUUAGCCCAUAUUGUACCCCAACGGCGUGUAGAUUAUUAGAUUCACAUAGUUGCUGACACAAGGGCCAUUUGCCCCUGAAGAUUUACUACUGAAGAUUCACACAGAUUCUGUAAAGAUGUGAUCCACAGGCCACAGCAAGUAUUGCAUACAUUGGAUUCACAUGACUGUUUUCUGGUUCUGAUGGAUUAUUUGAAUUUCUAUCUGUACUGCAGCUACUGCUCCUAUUGUUUUGUGGCAUAUCAAACACCAAAUGUUUAUCACCA